GAGGGAGGAGGACAGAGGAGGAGGAGGUGGAGGACAGGAGGAGAGGAGAGGAGAGGAGUGGAGGGCGCAGGCAGAGAGAGGGACGCUCAUUCAUUGUUACCAGCCGGAGGACCGGGCGGAGACCCCGUGGCCGCACGUGAAAUUGUCUGCACAACACCCAGAUUGCAGACCAAACGCCAUCUCCGAGCCGGGGUUGUCAUCGGUGUCUCCCGGAGGCAUCCGUCGAUGUCCGUUUGUGGCAGGAGAGGGAGGAGUCUGACGGUGCAGCGUCUUAAAGGACCACGGCAUCUCCUCAGGUGAUGGAGCGCUUGUGGUGACACACAGUGAUGGAUGCCGCCAGCUUCAGCCAUGGCCGUGUCGGAUUGCCCUGCCCGAACCGGGCCAUUCCCCUGUGAGCUGAAGAGGAGGCAGAGACGACCAGACAGACCUUAAGCCCCUCGCCCCUUCCCCGUGAAUGAGCCAGAAGCUUACGGGGCUCAGCGCCUCAUCUUAACCAGCCGUCACCUGGGUCUUUCCUCUCUCUCUCUCUCUCUCUCUUUCUCCUCUCCCCUGUAACGGACCAGUCAUGGCUCUCCUGUGGGCGCUGUCGGUGUCCAUGGCGACGGUGUGCGUCGCCAUCCCCAUGGAUGCGUCGGCAGGGAGCCACAACCUGUUCACCUGCGAGCCCAUCACCCUGCGCAUGUGCCAGGGGCUGGCCUACAACUCCACCUUCAUGCCCAACACACUGAACCACUACGACCAGCAGACCGCCGCUCUCGCCAUGGAGCCGUUCCAUCCCAUGGUGAACCUGCAGUGCUCCCCCGAGCUCCGGAUGUUCCUCUGCUCGCUCUACGCCCCGGUGUGCACAGAGUACGGCCGCAUGACUCUGCCCUGUCGCCGCCUCUGUCUGCAGGCCAAGAGCGACUGCUACAAACUCAUGGACAUGUUUGGUGUCAGCUGGCCUGAGGAGAUGGACUGCAACAGGUUCCCGGACUGCGACGAGCCUUAUCCCCGUCCCGCCGACCUCCUGUCCGUCUCCGACACCACAGAGUCCGCCAUCUCCGUGCAGAGGGACUACGGCUUCUGGUGCCCGCGCGAACUCAAGAUCGACCCCGAGCUUGGCUACUCCUUCAUGGGGGUCCGCGACUGCUCGCCCCCCUGUCCCAACAUGUACUUCACGCGGGAGGAGCUGACAUUUGCCCGCUACUUUAUCGGCGUGGUGUCCAUUGUCUGCCUGUCUGCCACCCUCUUCACCUUCCUGACCUUUCUCAUUGACGUGUCUCGAUUCCGCUACCCGGAGCGCCCCAUUAUAUUUUACGCCGUGUGCUACAUGAUGGUGUCCCUGGUGUUCUUCCUGGGGUUCCUGCUGGAGGACAAUGUUUCCUGUAAUGCCUCCAGUCCUGGGAGGUUCAGGGCUUCAACGGUGACUCAAGGCUCCCAUAAUAAGGCCUGCACUCUGCUCUUCAUGGUGCUGUACUUCUUCACCAUGGCCGGCAGUGUCUGGUGGGUCAUUCUGACCAUCACCUGGUUCCUGGCUGCUGUCCCCAAGUGGGGCAGUGAGGCCAUCGAGAAAAAGGCUCUCCUCUUCCACGCCUGCGCCUGGGGCAUCCCCGGCAUCCUCACAGUCACGCUACUCGCCAUGAACAAGAUCGAGGGCGACAGCAUCAGUGGCGUCUGCUUCGUGGGCCUCUACAACCUGACGGCGCUGCGUUGGUUCCUCCUGGCCCCCCUGGGGCUGGACGUAGUGGUCGGCGUGGCGUUGCUCCUGGCGGGCAUUGCAGCGCUGAACCGCGUGCGCAUGGAGAUCCCGCUGGAAAAGGAGAACCAGGAGAAGCUGGUCAAGUUCAUGAUUCGCAUCGGCGUCUUCUCUGUGCUCUACCUGGUCCCCCUGCUGAUCGUCCUGGCCUGCUACCUCUACGAGAACAGCCACAGGACGGUCUGGGAGACGACCUGGGUGCAGGAGCGGUGCAGAGACUACCACAUCCCCUGCCCAUACCAGGUGGAGAGCACUAGUCGACCCGACCUGGCCUUGUACCUCAUCAAGUACCUGAUGAUGCUGAUCGUAGGGAUCCCCUCUGUGUUCUGGGUGGGCAGUAAGAAGACCUGCUUUGAGUGGGCCAGCUUCUUCCAUGGCAAAAGGCGCAAAGAUGCGAUGGUCAACGACAGCCGACAGGUGCUCCAGGAGCCCGACUUCGCCCAGCUGCUGCUCCGGGACCCCAACACGCCCAUCGUGAGGAAGUCGCGGGGCACGUCCACCCAGGGCACGUCCACCCACGCCUCCUCCACCCACUUGGCCAUGCUGGACGAGCCACCCAGCGCCAGCACCAGCCGCGCCGGCUCGGUCCGCAGCGCGCGCUCCAAGAUGAGCAGUUACCACGGCAGCCUGCACCGCUCCAGAGACGGCAGAUACACCGCCUCCAGCUUCCGGGCCGCGGACGAGCGGCUGCCCUACGGCAGCAUGCCUCGACUCAAUGACCCGUCUCAGUCCAGGCACUGCAGCACCAACCGCCUGGACAGCCCGUCGCGGCACGGCUCCACCCAGCGGCUGGAGAGCCAGUCGCGGCACAGCAGCAUCCGGGACCUGAGCAGCACCGCCCAGGCCGUGCUCGGCGUGCCCGGAAACGGGAUCCACAGAGUCCUGGAGGAGGACGGAGCUACCGCCUGAAUCCUUGUGAGGCAGAUGUGACUGGAGGCUGGAAGUUAGAGUAGGACAGACGACUUUCUGUGUCUUUCUAGAAAGAUGAAGAAUGUACGAGGAUCCAGUUAGCUUCGCUAGAUGAGGGCUCCGUCCGGCCAUACCGAGGAUCGAUGCCUUAAAACGUUCUCUCAGCUUUACCCGGUCCACUAGCUGAUCCCAAAAAAAACUGAAGUUAACGACCGGUCUAGAAAACUACAGUUAAGUUUGAAGUCCUCGCUUAACUGUCGGACACUACUGAGCCACUAAAGAAGAGAAUGGGACCACUGACCGAAUGGACUGGUACUGUACUGGUGUGUAUAAAGGACUGGACGACAUCACGAGCCUCCGCCUCCUCCGGUCUGGAGGGUUUCUGAAGACUUACUCGUUCACCUCAUCGUAUCUCUAGUUGCUGCACAAAGGAAACAGAACUUUGUCGAGGUUCUUGAAGACGUUUAACCUCGUCAGAAACUAAACCAAGUCCUGUUUCCUGUGUACAGCACUUCAAUUAAAAAACAAACAGAUGUAGCAGGGUAUUUUUAUUUACCUUUUUUAAGAUUUGACUUUUGACCUGUUUUGCAUUUCCUCAGCCUCACAAUAAUUUUUCAGUUUCAUCCUGGUGACCUGACCUGCUAAAACCCUUAUUUAUAAACACCCGAUGGGGAAGGCAAAUAUAUUCGCUGCAAGUUUAGGGAACCAACAAUUGAGUGUGGAUUUCUUUUUUUGGCCUUAAAACGUCCUCUCAGCUUUACCCGAACUACAGGCUGACGUUGGGAACGCCGUGAGUCGAGAGGAUUCUCUGGCUCCGACGUCCCAAUGACAUCUGCUCUCCACGUGUCUCCUGACCUUUACAAAAGCCUUGUCUCAUUUUUUUAAAUUAAAAUGUUUUUUAAUAUCGAGGAA